AUGAAGGACUUCACAAAUGGUCUCUUCAAGCUGCCUUCGCGCGAGGAGCGCAUCGCCGCUCGCGCCGGCGCGCCCUUGAACCCGUUCAAGCUGGCCAUGAUGCUCUCGCCCAUGCAGGGGGCCAUGUUCUUUUCCGGCUGGCUCGCCUGGACUAUGGAUGCGUGGGACUUCUUCUCCGUCUCGCUCGGUCUGACCGCCAUAGGCAAAACGCUUGGCACACCGGGCGCACCCAUCUCUGCCUCCACCCUCUCUACCUCCAUUACGCUUACCCUGCUUUUCCGGCCUCUCGGUGCUGCCAUCUUUGGUCUAUUGUCCGAUCGCUAUGGCCGAAAGUGGCCCCUGGUCGCAAACCUGAUCAUCAUCGCCGCUCUCUCACUUGGCAGCGGUAAAGUGGAGACGCUCGCUGCCUUCCUCGGUGUCCGUUGUCUUUUUGGCAUCGGCAUGGGCGGCAUCUGGGGGAUGGCCACGGCCACAGCGCUGGAGAACAUGCCCGCCGCUGCGCGAGGUCUCUUCUCUGGUAUCCUCCAGCAGGGUUACGCCGUCGGCUACCUGCUCGCUGCUUCCGUCAACAUCUCGCUUGUGCCCCAAAAGGGCGCAGAGGGCUGGCGCGUACUCUUCUACCUUGGCGCCGGCCUCUCGCUCUUUGCCGCACUCGUCCGCGCGCUUCUGCCCGAGUCCGAGCUGUACCUGCGCUUGAAGAAGGAGCGUGCCGAGCGCGGUAACCUCGGCGGUACAAGCAAGGCCAAGACGUUCGUCAACGAGCUCGGCCACAUGCUCCGCUCGCACUGGGGCCGCUGCAUCUUUGGCGUCCUUCUUAUGACCGGCUUCAACUUUCUCUCCCAUUCGUCCCAGGAUCUCUACCCAACCAUUAUCCAGAAGGUCAAGUUUGCUGACUUGCCUGCCAAGGCGCCACACUACGCCUCUCUCGCAACGAUCGUCGCCAACUGCGGCGCCAUCUGCGGAGGUCUCAUCGCUGGCUACCUCUCCCAGUACCUCGGCCGCCGUCUCACCAUUAUCAUCUUUGUCAUCCUCACCGGCACCCUCAUCCCCGCGUGGAUCCUGCCCAACUCGUUCAGUGGCCUCGCAGCCGGUGCCUUCUUCAUUCAAUUUGGCGUCCAAGGAGCCUGGGGUGUUGUCCCAAUCUACUUGUCGGAGAUUUCGCCGCCUGCGUUCCGUGCAACGUUUGCCGGUGUCGCCUACCAGCUGGGUAAUAUGGUCUCUGCCGCCUCGGCGCAAAUUGAAGCGCGCGGCGGCGAGUCGCUGCAGAUUCCUAACCCGCUAGCGGGCGAGAAAGGCCAGCCGAACACGAUCCCCGACUAUGCAACGGUGUCCGGGAUCUUGUUGGGCGUGGUUUGCGCGUACCUGCUGCUCAUCAUCGUCUUUGGACGAGAGUACCGCGGCGCAGAGUUCGAGAAGGUCGCCCCG